AUGUUAGCUUCAACUUUGCUUCGUCUACUUGGUGCCGCGACUCUGGCCAAGGUCUCUUUCAAAGCCGUCUCUUGGCUAUCUUUCUGGUUGCUACCCGAGCUUCCCUUGACCAAAUACCGACGUUCACCUCAGCCAUGGGCCAUGAUCACCGGUGCCUCGGCAGGCAUUGGACUGGGAUUCGCGGAGGCCUUGGCCGCCCGGAACUUCAAUAUUGUCCUCCUCGGCCACAAGCAGGAUGAGCUCGAGGAAGCCAAGAUAGGCAUUGUCGGCAAGUUCCCUCGCAUUGGCGUCCGAAUCUUCGUUCUCGAUGCCAUCUCUGCAAGUCCAGCGGAGAUUCAAUCGACCCUGGAAAGCUUGAGUCACUUAAACAUGACGAUUCUCGUCAACAACGUCGGUGGUUUGAGUGUUCCGCCUUCCAAGUAUUACCGCAGGGUGAACGAUACGACAGCCGAAGAGAUGGAUAGAGUCAUCUCGCUCAACGCGCGGUUCAUGGCACAUUUGACCCGUCUCGCCAUACCCAUCCUGGCCCGGAACGGUCCGUCUCUCAUUCUGAACGUCGGCUCUGCUUCGAUGCUUGGAAUGCCUGGCGUCGCAACGUAUUCAGCCUGCAAAAGCUUCGUCAUGGCCUUCACAAAGGCCGUGGGCAGAGAGAUGCGGGCGGACGGAAUUCAGGUGGAUGUCUUGGCCCUAGUACUGGGUGAAGUCUACACACAGGCCAAUGCGGGUAAGCUGCCACCUGGUACGCCAACCGCAAAGGAUUUUGCAGAGGCCGCUGUCAGUCAUAUGGGAAGGGCUGUGUCAUGGGGCAGGUUGUGCUUCCAUCCCUGGAUGUGGCAUGCUCUUCAAGAUGCGAUGGUCGAUUUCUUGCCCGAGUCCGUUCGGAAUUACGUAUUGGCAUCAGUCUUUCACCAGAAACGUAAAGAGCAAACAGGUUUGAAAUCCGAGUAG